AUGCCUGCAACAACAAUGGAAGCGCCAUCCGUGGCUCUGUCAUUCGCAAACAACUUUUGGGGAAAAGAAGAUGCCGGUGUCGGCCCCCUCCUUGACCGCAUGCUUGCUGCCAAGCAGACGUGCGAUGAGCUUAAGGCAUUCUACAGUGCUCGAGCCUCGAUCGAAGACGAAUAUGCCCGAAAGCUGCUUUCGUUGUGUCGCAAACCCCUUGGGUCCCACGAGACGGGGAGCUUAAAGACCUCACUAGACACCGUUCGAGGUGAAGUCGAGUCGAUGGCGAAGCAACAUCAAAGCAUUGCAGCGCAGAUGAAAACUGAGUUGGAGGAGCCACUUGCUGCAUUCGCCGGCGCCAUGAAGGAAAGAAGAAAGAUUGUACAGAAUGGUAUUGAGAAGAUACUCAAAACAAAGAUCCAGCAGACACAGCACGUGAACAAGACUCGAGAUCGGUUCGAGCAGGAAUGCCUCAAGAUCAAAGGCUACCUCGCCCAGGGUCACAUGGUCAUGGGCCAAGAAGAACGCAAGAACAAAGCCAAGCUGGAAAAAACGCAGAUCAGUGUCGCAACCUCCAAUACAGAGUACGAAAACGCGGUCAAGGUGCUCGAAGACACAACCGCGAGAUGGAAUCGAGAGUGGAAGGCCGCAGCCGACAAGUUCCAGGACUUGGAGGAGGAGCGUCUUGACUUUACCAAAAGCAGCCUUUGGACUUUUGCCAAUGUCUCUUCCACUGUCUGCGUCAGCGACGAUGCUUCCUGUGAAAAAAUACGACUAUCGCUUGAGAAGAUGGAUGUUGAAACGGAUAUUGUCAGCUUUAUUAAGGAACAAGGUACUGGUCAGGAGAUCCCAGAUCCUCCCAAAUACAUCAACUUCUGUCGGGGAGACAUCAACGAUACGCAGUCAGAAUCGUCUGACGACGAUAACUACUCGGUCGCGCAGUUUCCCAGAAGUAUCAACCCAGCCUUCCGGUCAUCUUCCCCGCAACCCUCGACUUACGAAUCACACCAUGACCCAAACUCAAGCCUCGCCCAGGAUCUUGGACACAAAGAAUUAGCCCCGGUAUCUUCGAGGACCGCUGCUGUCCCUGAUAUGGGUCGUAAAGAAGCGAGUUCUUCUGCAUCCAGACACCAGGCUUCAGAUGCAGCACGAGCUGAUACCAGCCCCUCCUCUAAAGGCUUUGCACCAGAACAGAGCCACAAGAAUGCUGGCUCUUCUUCCAGAAGUUUCGCGCUGGAAACUGGACAGGAUGACGCAAGCCCUUCAAGGAGUUAUUUCCAGGACAUGGGCCGGCGGGAGAUGGUCCCAAGUACUGUUCGCGAAGCCCCACCGUCGACGCAGAGGAUGCCACCAGCAAUGGACAAGCUGCGCCAGGGAGUUCAAAUUACCAAUCAGCAUGUCCAACAACAACAACAACAACAACAACAACAACAACAACAACAACAGCAGCAGCAGCAGCAGCAGCAGCAGCAGCAACAACAGCAGCAGCAACAACAGCAGCACCAAAGCCGGCCCCAAGUUGAUGUGGGCCAACAGCAACAGCAGCACCAAAGGCGGCCCCAAGUUGAUGUGGGCCAACAUAGCUCAUUUGCCGCCGUUCCGCAUGAUUCAUAUCCUCUCGAUGGUAUGACGAUGCUGUGCCGUACUGGGCCCCAAUCUGAGCGUAGUUCUCACCCCCCUUCAGCUCGACCAUCGAGCCGUGAUUCGCAAAGCGACUACUCGAACCCAACCUCAAUCUCAAGCCAAGAGCCGCCUAGCGGAAAAGCAUCUCCGAUCAAGCAGGAGCAAGUCAACGCGUCACCUCCAGUAUCAGACAAACAGGUCCUCAAGAAGAGAAGUGGUUUAUUCCAGAAUCGUAGUCCUUUCCGUCGGAAGAGCACAAAGGAUACUCAAGGCCCGCCAGCAAACAGAAACACAUGGCAUCCGGUAUCCGCUCAAGGAAGCCCAUCCCGAAGACCGCAGUUGUCAACACAAGAAACACCAAAUCUGCUCGGAGAUAGAUCAGCGAACAGUCCAGAGCCGAUUGAUGCGAAUGCCAGUCUUGCACUGAAUGUAGGGCAAAAUGUCUUCUCAGUCACAACCCCGGACCUGGAAAAGAGAAAGGGCUCGAGUGUUCAGCCCUCUCAGCCUGAGACCGAUCCAAUUGCCCUAGCCCUCGCAGAGCUCAAGGGUGUCGGCGUCGGCAAGCAAUCGAGCGUACGUGUGUCGGCCGACCGCUACCACGGCAUCGCCACUCCAACGCCUAGUUCUCAGCCAUUCUCUAGGUCAGUCCCACCAGCUGCAAGCAACGGCGGCGCUAUGACCUCGGGUCUUAGAGGAACACCGCCUCCUUAUGACCAACAAGUUGUUCAGAGACUUGGGGUGCCCCCUCAGGCAGUAACGGCAAAGGCUAUGAAGGAAACAUCGCAGAAGUUUGCCGACCAAACCCGAAGCAUGUUCAACCCAGUGAAGCGUCCUGGAUCAGGCUACAGCGGAACCACCCAAUCUCGACCGAUCACAAGAGGGAGUGAUGUCCCUAGGGCGGCAUCCCCGGCUCCGAUACGAAGCGCUUCCCCAAGGGUGGCACCGGCUGAAGAUGUCCGCAGCGCCUAUCGUAGCUCGCCGCGCAGCGCUUCUCCGAGGACUGGGUUGGCGGAAGAGGUCCACGGCGAGUACAGGUCUGCCUCACCUAAUCAUCGUGGAUCCGUGGGUAGAGACACCUCGCAGAUGAGCAGUACGCCCCGAAGAGGGUCUGAACAGCCGUAUUAUAGACAGAACUCGCCAAGCAGCAUCUCGAGAACAGCGUCUCCGGCUCCUUAUUUGGAGAAGAUGCGCCCUGGCAGUAGCCAUGUUGCCAACGACAUGGCGGUUCAGUUAGCGCCCCUUGGCGAUGAAACUUACGGUUCAAUGCGCGGUCGAGGCGGGAACCGUCCUGGUACGAGCUCUAGUAACCGGGCCAUGGGUCUUUACGAGGGAGGCGGGCCACCCGGGCAAGGUGAUUCGAGGCCGCGUAGCAGGAGUGUAGCAGACCCGUCGCGGCAGUACAAUCGAGAUGGCAGGCCUAUUUUGCACUUUGCGAGAGCUCUGUACAUGUACCAGGCGGCCAUUCCGGAGGAGCUGGGGUUCGCCAAAGGCGACCUACUCGCGGUCUUGCGCCAUCAAGAUGACGGAUGGUGGGAGGCCGAGGUGCAUGGAAGCAAUGGGCGAAUGGGGCUGGUCCCAAGCAACUAUCUUCAGCCAUGUUAG